GGGUUUAUGUGAUGAGCAAAAUCUAUUGCCGGAAAUAAAAAACUGUGUAAAGAUAUUUAUUUAUACAGUUACAGUUAUCGAAUCUGGCGGCGGUGAAGUGAAGAAGGUUUCAUCAUUCAUUCAUUGUUUUUCAAUUGAAGAAUCUCUAUCUAUCUUUUUCAAUCUAUAACUAUAAUAAUCUUAUAUUGAGAUUGAAGAAUUUAGAAUUGAGAAAAAUGAGUAGUGAAAAUAAUAAUAAUAAAUCGAGAAUGACAUGGGAAGGUUGCAGCGUAUUGCUUGAUAUCAACGACGGUGAUCGUCUCGUUUUCGCUCGUCUUUCUCCUGCUGCGAAAUUGAAGAUUGGAAAUAAGAAUUGUUCACUGCAACCAUUGAUCGGUUGUCCCUUCGGAACUGUUUUUCAACUUGAUUCUUCUUCUGAUGCUGCUGCUUUUUUAUCGCCUUUCCAAUCUAAAGGUAGUGUUAAUAACACUGAAGAAAUAAAAGACGGUCAAUUCCAAGUUGAGUCAAAAGAUGGUCAACCCAGUGGUGAGUCGAAGGACAACCGGUCGUUGAUCGACAAUAAUACUGCCCAAAGCCUCACCGGUGAAGAUAUAGAAGAUAUGCGAAGGCAGGGUGCUAAGGGUAAUGAAAUAAUUGAAGCUCUGAUUGCCAAUAGUGCAACAUUUGAUAAGAAAACAUCAUUCUCACAGGAGAAAUAUAGACUUAAGAAGCAGAAGAAAUAUGCACCAAAAGUACUUAUAAGGCGUCCUGUAGCUCGAAGUAUAUGUGAGGCCUAUUUCAAGAAGUAUCCAUUGAAAAUUGGAUUCUUGCGGGUGGACACAUUGUCCCUUCUACUUUCGAUGGCUAAUGUUUCUUCAAAUUCUGACAUUCUCGUUGUUGACAUGGUUGGUGGCCUUCUUACUGGUGCUGUGGCAGAACGUUUAGGAGGAACUGGUUUUGUAUGCAACUCAUACCUUGGACAGGCACCCUCCAUGGAUAUUGUGAGGAUAUUUAAUUUAAGCGAUGAAAUCUGCAAGAGAAUUGUAAGGACUUCCGUUUCUGACUUGUUGUCACAAAAGGAAUCACCCGAACAAAAUCCGAAACAUGAUGUUGGCAGUUUGGAAAGUCAGUCAAAUGAUCAAAUGAAUGCAUCAGUCAGCAUGGAGGAAAUCUCUCAUUCAUCAGAAAAUGUAAUUUCUGAUGUUGGUGCUGAGAAUGCUGAGAAUAGCUCAUUUCCUGCUCUAAGAGCUUGCAAAGCUAUAAAAGCUGGAGAAAAAGCAUCUCAAGAAAUGAUUGACUCGUGGAAGGAAAAUGGUUUUUCUAGCCUAAUUAUUGCUGCACCAGACUUGGAUACUUGGACAUUGGUUAAAGACCUCUUACCACUUUUAUCAAACUCUGCCCCAUUUGCUAUUUAUCAUCAAUAUCUUCAGCCUCUGGCAACCUGCAUGCACAAUCUACAGCUUGAGAAAAUGGCCAUUGGAUUGCAAAUAACAGAGCCUUGGCUACGCGAAUACCAGGUACUUCCAUCAAGAACUCACCCGUGCAUGCAAAUGAGUGCAUUUGGGGGCUACAUUCUCAGUGGGACAAAGAUCAGUAGCAGCUGAUUCAGUACACCUCUGUUUGUCGGCCAAAACCUAAAUUUGGCCAAUGUACACUAGAUAUUUGUUUUUCUGCCCACAAGCCUUUUUUAACUAUCUCAUCAUUUAUUUUGUACUUUAUAGAUUUUCAAUUUUAUUUCAUUUUUUUUACCUGAAAUUUAUAAUAGUCAAACUUUCACUUUUUCUUAACUAAACACUUUUUGUUACAUUCUUCCAUAAAUCUCAAUAUAGUAGAACAGUCACUGUUAAAUCUCAA